GUGACAUCAUCGCCGCGCUGUGAGGAGGAGUGUCCCCGUGUCGCUGUGUCCUCAACGUGUCACUCACUGCAUUGAGCCAGCGAUGGGCGGCUGUACCACGAGUGGUCGUCAGGUGGCGCUGUCUGCCUAGUUCCUGCGGCCACGCGAGGGCGCCAGACUCUUUGAAAAACGCCGUACAGAGCUGAGCCUGCCGGGCCGCCGUUGUUAGUUGCGCACGUGAGCCGGGGUCCGAGCUGAGAGGGAAGUGGCGGCUCCGAGGAGAAGAUGAAGAGCAGAUAUAACACCAUCGACCUCCGGGCCGUCAUCUCCGAGCUCAGUGACAGCCUGCUGGGGAUGCGAGUGUACAAUGUAUACGAUGUGGAUAACAAGACCUACCUCAUCCGCCUGCAGAAGCCGGACGCUAAAGCCGUGCUCCUCCUGGAGUCCGGGAUCCGGAUCCACACCACCGAGUUCGAGUGGCCCAAGAACAUGAUGCCGUCCGGGUUCGCGAUGAAGUGCAGGAAACAUCUACGAUCCCGGAGACUGGUCAGCGUCCGGCAGCUCGGGGUGGACAGGAUCGUGGACUUCCAGUUCGGUUCAGACGAAGCUGCCUAUCAUCUCAUUGUCGAGCUGUAUGACCGGGGAAACAUCGUCCUCACCGACCACGAGUAUCUCAUCCUAAACAUCCUGCGGUUCCGCACGGACGAGGCCGACGAUGUGAAGUUUGCAGUUCGAGAACAUUACCCGGUGGAUAUCGCCAAAGCCCGGGAGCCUCUGCUCACUAUGGAGAGAUUAAAAGAAAUUUUAGAAAACGCUCCAACGGGAGAUCAGCUGAAGAGGAUCCUGAACCCACAUCUACCAUAUGGCGCCACGGUCAUCGAGCAUUGCCUCCUCCAGGCCGGAUUGUCCAGCAACGUGAAGGUGGAGCAGCUGAGCGGGGACACAGAUUUGGAAAAGGUGCAUUCAGCCCUGAAGAUGGCCGAGGAAUACAUGGACAUGACGCUGGAUUUUAAGGGAAAGGGCUACAUUAUCCAGAAACGAGAGAAGAAGCCGAGCCUGGACCUGGAGAAACCUUCAGAAGACAUUCUCACGUAUGAAGAAUUUCACCCGUUUCUCUUCAGGCAGCACGAGAAGUGCCCGUGUGUGGAGUUUGAGACUUUUGAUAAGGCUGUUGAUGAAUUUUACUCCAAGCUGGAAGGUCAGAAGAUUGAUUUGAAAGCCCUCCAUCAGGAGAAACAAGCCUUGAAGAAACUGGAAAAUGUCCGUAAGGAUCAUGUGCAGAGGCUGGAAUCUCUGCAUGUGGCUCAGGACAUUGACAAAGCCAAAGGAGAGCUCAUCGAAAUGAACCUGGACAUCGUGGAUCGCGCGGUGCAAGUCGUGCGUAGCGCCUUGGCCAAUCAGAUUGACUGGACAGAGAUUGGGGUCAUUGUGAAGGAGGCGCAGGCUCAGGGUGACCCGGUGGCCCUCGCCAUCAAAGAGCUCAAACUGCAGACGAAUCAUAUCACCAUGCUGCUGAAGAACCCGUACACACUGUCCGAAGAAGAGGAGGAUGAGGAGGAAGAAGAGAAGCCGGAAACCGAUGAACCAAAAGGAAAGAAGAAAAAGGGCAAAAACAAACAGCAGCUGAAGAAAACCCAGAAGAACAAACCCGCGCUGGUGGAUGUGGACCUCAGCCUGUCUGCGUACGCCAACGCCAAAAAGUAUUAUGACCACAAGCGACAUGCGGCCAAGAAAACGCAGAAAACCGUGGAGGCAGCAGAAAAGGCAUUCAAGUCGGCAGAGAAGAAAACCAAACAGACCCUGAAGGAGGUGCAGACUGUCAGCUCUAUCCAGAAAGCCAGGAAGGUGUACUGGUUUGAGAAAUUUCUGUGGUUUAUAAGCUCUGAAAAUUACCUGGUCAUAGCCGGACGAGACCAGCAACAGAACGAAAUGAUUGUGAAGAAAUACCUGCGGCCCGGUGACAUAUAUGUGCACGCCGACUUGCACGGGGCCACCAGCUGCGUCAUUAAGAAUCUAAAAGGUGAGGCUGUGCCUCCCCGUACCCUAACUGAAGCUGGCACCAUGGCCGUGUGCUAUAGUGCCGCAUGGGAUGCCCGGGUCAUUACCAGUGCCUGGUGGGUCCAUCAUAAUCAGGUGUCAAAGACGGCUCCAACUGGAGAGUACCUGACCACCGGCAGCUUUAUGAUCCGAGGAAAAAAGAACUUCCUUCCACCCUCUUACCUGAUGAUGGGGUUCGGCUUUCUUUUUAAGGUGGACGAGCCUUGCGUUUGGAGACACAAAGGCGAGCGCAAAGUGAAAUUACAGGAUGAGGAUCUCGAAAGUGUAACCAGCAGUAAUACAGAGCUGGCUGCAGAGGAGAAUGACCCACUGGAAGCUCCUGAAGAGGACACCGAUGGCAGCAGUGAAGACGAGGAAGAGGACAAGCCCGGCGAGCCGAAUUCAGAGGACGCACCCGGUGAUGGCUCAGAUGAAGAAAGCGACGCUGGGAGCUCACAUUCUGCAGAAAAUACUGCCGCUGUGAAAGAGGAGGAGGAGGAGGAGGAGGAGGAAGAGGAGGACGUGGCCUACCCCGAUACCGCCAUAGACCUGUCCCAUCUUCAGGCUAAGAGGACACUGCACAGAGCGGCUGUGGCACAGACUGGAGACGCCGCAGUGGUGAAUGACAAGUCAAUUGGUCGGAAACAUUUAUCGGCUAAGGAGAGACGUGAAAUGAAGAAGAAAAAGAAGCCAGAUGAUUCUGAAGAAGCCAAGCCAGUGGAAAAUGCAGUGAAAGCCGAGGCGUCCGUACCCCAGAGCGCGCCACAAGGGGGCGCCGCCGCCGCACAGCAGCCUGUAAAGAGAGGGCAGAAGAGUAAAAUGAAGAAGAUGAAGGAAAAGUACAAGGACCAGGAUGAGGAAGAUCGAGAACUCAUCAUGCAGUUGCUGGGGUCUGCAGGGUCCAACAAGGAAGAGAAGAGCAAGAAAGGAAAGAAGGGAAAAACAAAGGAGGAACCUGCAAAGAAACAGCAGCAGAAGGGGAAGAAAGCGGGGACUGGACCUGCUGAGAUCUUCAUAACACAAGACGUACAAGACCUGACCCUGGAAGAGCAGCUGGAUGACAAGGACGAUGCAGACCCAGAUGCUCCAGGAUCAGAGGAAGCAGAAAAUCUACUGGAUUCCCUGACCGGGCAGCCAGAUCCAGAGGACGUCCUGCUCUUCUCUGUGCCCGUCUGUGCCCCGUACACCGCCAUGACCAGCUAUAAGUACAAGGUUAAAUUGACUCCAGGAACCCAAAAGAAAGGAAAAGCUGCUAAAACGGCCCUGAACAGCUUCAUGCAUUCCAAGGACGCGAGCGGCAGAGAGAAGGACUUGCUGCGCAGUGUGAAGGACACCGACCUAUCGAGAAACAUGCCGGGAAAAGUGAAAGUGUCUGCACCGAAUCUGCUGAGUGCAAAGAAGAAAUAACCUUGUCCUCGUCAGACUUCGCACAUGUAAAUAUGGGGCGACGCAAGAUCCGCGCCAAAAUAUCUUGGGUGGGGAGGAAAAGUUCAGAGAUUGUCGGCUACAUUAUCACGAUGUUGCAAAUGGUUAAUAAAAUAGAAAAUCCUAGAAACAUGGCCAGGCUACAACAACAGCGCCCCCAUCUCCUCAGGAUGGAUCUGAUAUUGCAGCCAAGCUGUACAGAAGCAAACAGUUUGAGCUGCAAUACCAAUCUGUGAACAGGUGUGGCGCUGGUUUUAUUUUACCCCUGGACGAGCUCUUUGAGAGCUUAUAAUAAUUGUAACCUGCUUUUAGUAGUGACUAUACUGCGCCAAAACAGCUCUUGGGGUGGGAGGCAGAGACGGCUUACACUACAGUCCCGUACAUCAACUACUCUAACCCUCAACAGCCGUUGAUCUGACUCAGGUUAUAAUCCUAUUACACCCUAUGUACGUGUAUGCCUCGCUGGCGCACCCCAACAUCAGCGGUCACCCACAAUGAUAUGCCGCCUGGGAGCAGAUAUUGUGCAAGAAAGCCACGAUGAAUGUAAUUAUAAUAUAAAAUUUCACUGGUUUUAAUUUUGGGAGAUUUUUGGAAUAAAGAGACAUAUUUUA